GGACCCACGUGGUAAACAUGUGAUAAUGAGAAAUGUUAGUCAAAGUAAUGACACGAAAAAUCGUUUGGCAAAAAACGAAAGUCGCUUUUUAAUCUCUAAACCAGAAACUGCGAAGAAAAACAAUGAAAAAACGGUGCUUAGGCCUACGUUUAAUGUAGUAGGGGGAAUACCAGCCCUAGUUGGAGCCUGGCCAUGGAUGGCUGCUAUCUUCUACAAUGGUGGAAAACGAUUCUUGUGUGCAGGGUUUCUGAUAGACGAAAGACACGUUCUCACUGCCGCUCACUGCUUUAUAAACAAAAUGUCUGCUAGCGAAUAUGUGGUCAGACUCGGACAUGUGGUGGCAAAUAAGGGAUCAGUACAUCGAGUUAAGGCCAUCCGUGUGCACGAGCAGUACAAACCGAGGCAAUAUUAUCACGACAUAGCCGUUGUUCGACUGAAGAUAGGUGUUGAAUUCACCAACAAGGUGUCGCCUGUUUGUCUUGAUAACCUUGAAGCUGGUGGAGUGAAUCGUUUUGAUAAUGUUACGGCAACAUUGUUGGGCUGGGGAUCUUUGACAUAUGGACAGAUUAUUAGAAAUUACCAAACAAGGAAUUUUCAGUUCCAAUCCGAACCUCGAAGGUCUUGUCGCCUGGACAACGGUCAACGUGGAAGAUGCGUUGCCAUUAACGACUGUCCUUCUGCUCUGGUACAGCUCAGAAACGGCGUGUUUCCCGAAGUAUGCUACUGGACAAAAGUAGUGCCAGUUGUUUGUUGUUCUCAGGGGAACGUUCAUAAUUCUCGACAGCCCCAUCCAACCCCUGGAAAAGCCGGUAAUAGAUUGGAAAGGAUUCGACCAGCAGUAUGUGGAUUGCGCAAAAAAGGGAUAAGAAUCAGUCAUCGUCCCAUCCGAAAGUUGUCAUUAGUGACGGCAAAGAACGAUUCUGAUACAAUAUCGUCUGGGUACAAGAUUAUUGGACUGUUACCGCCAUCUAUCGGGCUACAUAACAGGAAGCGAAGACAAGCGUUGGACGAAACAAAAUCAAACCACGAGAGACUGAGCAGGGGGUCUGCCGUCGGAGGAGAACCUGCUCUUAAAGGAGCCUGGCCUUGGAUGGCUUCAAUCUUGAUUUCAGGAGGAAAUCGAUUUCUUUGUGGUGGAUUUUUAAUCGACGAAAGACACGUGGUUUCUGCAGCCCAUUGUUUUGCUGGUAUCAGAAAACGCGUGUCACAGUACAAGAUACGUUUGGGUCAAAUAAAUGUAAAAGAAGGAAGAUUACGUAGUGUGGAUGCUGUAAAAGUCCACGAGGGUUUUAGACCAAGGCAGUAUUACAACGACAUCGCUCUGUUGCGUCUCAAGAACAGUGUAACAUUCUCCGAUGCCGUGGCUCCUGUUUGUUUGCCAGAUCCUACUCUAGCUCGACAGAACUUGACCGGAAUUCUUACAACGUUGCUCGGUUAUGGAGAUCUUUAUUUCGGGAGACUCGGGUGGACCACUCAUGAUACAGGAAGACGAAAAAAGAUGGGUGGUUGUUGGAAUUGUUUCAUUUGGCUAUCGAUGUGCCGAUCCAAAAUAUCCAGGAAUAUACACGCGCGUGUCCUACUUCAUGGACUGGCUGGAAAAGAACAUUGGACAGCUAGCUUCUAACAGAUCUUAGAGAACAGUACUCCAAAUAUGGUUCUAUAAUUUUAUUGAUUCAUAUUUCGAUCUAUUAAAGUAGAUUAUAUGAAAUUCACGUGCUGUUGUGAAGGUGGAAAUAUACGUUUAAAUUGCGUACAGUAGUUAAGCUAAUACUGAAACACCAAGAUUAGCUAGUCGUCGAAAGGGUGUGAUUUCCUAAUCAUAUAAUAUACUUUUCUACAACAUAAAAAAACAAUUAUUAGAGUAAGCAGAUACAUAACAAAGAUUGUAUAUUGAUAUAUAUAUAUAUAUUACUGGAAAUUAGUAUUAAUACUUUGUGU